CCGGGAAUCACGGCGCGCCAUAAACAAAACAAGAAAAUUAGUCAAGAUUGAUUUAUGCCCGUUUAGGACUCAUAUAAUGAAAACAUGAUCAUCAAAGAUUUUAGGAAGGAAUUUUACGAUGUUAUUCAACAUCAGAGGGUGCUUGUCCUGGUUGCAUUUGAUGGUGAUGCAAUAUGUGCUUGCAAAAUCUUACAGAGCUUGUUCCAGUGUGACCAAAUCCUCUACACCAUUGUGCCUGUAGCGGGAAAGGAAGACCUGGAGAGAUCAUACUUGGAAAAUUCAGAAGGGAUUCGUCAUGUUGUGAUGAUCAACUGUGGAUCAAACAUUGACAUCAUAGAAACAUUACAACCAGAGGAAUACAUCAAAUUUUACAUCUGUGAUAGCCAUAGGCCUGUGGAUGUGCACAAUUUAUACAAUGCAGUCCAAGUGAAACUGCUAAUGAGGUCGUCCGAGCUGUCAGUCCCGGAAUAUGAUGAAGUUUUUAGGGAUGAUGACAAUUCUGAUGAGGAAGAUUCAGGCAAUGACAGUGACACAUCAGAGUCGGCGACAAGAAAACGGAAGCGGUUUGAUGAUGCAGCUAUUGAGAGGCGGAUGGAGCGACGAAAAUGGGAGGAAAACCGAGUGAAAGUUUUAUUCGACUAUAUGCAGUUUUCAACAUAUGGAACUUCAUCAGCAUUGCUGAUGUUUGAGCUAGCGUGGAAGAUGUCCAAGGACUCAAAUGAUCUUCUAUGGCUGGCCAUUAUAGGGGUCACUGACCAGUAUGUUCACUACAAAACUGGCAGGGAGAAAUACAUUGAGGACGUGAUGGCGCUACAGUCCCACGUCUCACGUCUUAACCACAAAGAUGAUGAGGAGAUAAUUUCGAUCAAUUGCCUGAAGAUCCAGUACGACGAUGAACUUCACUUAUCCCUGUACCGACACUGGUCCCUGUUUGAGAGCCUUUGCCACUCCAUCAACAUGGCGUGCAAGUUCAAGGUGUGGACACUCAAGGGACAGAAACGCCUCAAUGAGUUCCUAGCUGAGAUGGGUCUUCCACUUACACAGUGUAAACAGAAGUUUGCCUCUAUGGAUUCCAGCCUAAAAACAAACAUCAGGACCAUGAUCCAGGAAAAUAUGAACAAAUAUGGGUUGGUUGAUGAAGAUGUGAUAUUACCGUCGUUCUUUGCCCAGUACGGCUUCAAGAACAAACUGUGUGCCACAGAUGUUACAUAUGUUACGGCAGCUAUACUAGAAAACUAUGAAAAGGGAGCAUCAUCAACAGAUUGCUUUUUGAAAGCAAUGGAUGUUUUAUCUAGAUCAAACACUUCUGCAAUGGAGAAGGGUAUAGAUCUUGCACGUCGUCAGUUACAGGCUGUUAUUGCCCAAGUACAGACAUUCUUGGACAUGCACCAAGUCAUCUCUGCUGGGCCUUUCCUCUAUGCCUUUAUGCAGGAGGGUGCCACGGAUGUGAAAAUAUUUGCCCACCCUCAGUGCGUCAUGAGACUGGCACGCUUCACCCUCGAGGCUCACUGCUCUGUGAGUCGUAACAAAAAGUGUCGUAAUCUUCCACUGGUUCUUGGCGUGCCCCAGGAUUCGGAGCAUGGAACAGUGCUCGUGAUUGGCAUUCCCCCACUCUCCAUGGAUGAUGAAAGAAAGAACUUUUUUGGGAAGGCAUUUGAGCAGGCAGCAACCAGCACUAAUUGCCGGACCAUACACAACUACUUUGACACCUUCAUGAUGGAGCUGAAGAGUGAUGAUCGCAGCAAGUUCUUUGAUUCUCUCAUCAGUCUUCUUAAUUAGUGGAGAACCUAAGCUAACAGAUGAACUGGGCAUUAAGUAAACAAGAUCCAUAUGGGUGACUGCGUGUUGACGUGGAUAAGGAAAACUAUACAUGAGAUAGAGAACGGCUCAGCUUGAAUACCACAUCCUGUUUGUAAUUGUGCAAUGCUUUUCAAUGGCGGUGACAGCUGGAAUAUAAUAAACAUUGGAUGAUUAAUUGCUAUGAUUUCUAUUCUUUGAAAAAAAUAGUUAAUCAUAUAUUCAUUGAAAAAAAUAGUUAAUCAUAUAUUCAUUUCAUGUAUAUACUCCUUAAUUGAAAAAAUGUAUCGUAAGAUGCCUUAUUUAUUGUAAAUGAAAUUCAUCAGUAAUA